AAAUUUGUAGGACAGCGAGAGACCUAUACAAAGUUGGGCCUUCUCGUAGCCUCUUCUGAGUUCUCUCCAUCCUGAACAACAACUUAAACCAAAACAGAGGCCAUUUCUAGGGUUUUAGUUAAAGCAUUCACACAUUUUCCCUCCCAAAAGCUUCACUCACGAAGCUCUCAGUACGAUCCGCACUUAUUUCUCGGCCACAAAUACAUACAGAUUAUACACACAGCUUCAUCUCCAUCAAUCAUGCAAUCUCCAGUACUUGUUCUCAAGGAUUCCCUGACAAGGGAAACUGGAAGUAAGGUGCACCGUGCUAAUAUUCAAGCUUCAAAGGCUGUGGCUGAUAUAAUUCGCACUACAUUGGGUCCAAGAUCUAUGCUAAAGAUGUUACUAGAUGCUGGUGGAGGUAUUGUGGUCACGAAUGACGGAAAUGCAAUUUUGCGUGAGUUGGAUCUUGCUCAUCCUGCUGCGAAGUCCAUGAUAGAGUUGAGCCGUACGCAAGAUGAAGAAGUAGGUGAUGGAACAACAUCAGUUAUUGUUCUUGCUGGCGAGAUGCUUCAUGUUGCUGAAGCUUUCAUUGACAAAAGUUAUCACCCUACAGUAAUAUGUCGAGCAUACAACAAAGCUCUGGAGGAUGCUCUUGCUGUGCUUGAAAAGAUUGCAGUAUCCAUCGAUGUGAAUGAUCGUUCUGCGAUGCUGGGAUUAGUGAAGAGUUGCAUAGGCACAAAAUUUACCAGUCAGUUUGGAGACCUCAUUGCAGAUCUAGCCCUUGACGCUACUACAACAAUUGGAGUUGACCUUGGCCAAGGACUGCGGGAAGUUGACAUUAAGAAAUACAUAAAGGUCGAGAAGGUCCCUGGGGGUCAAUUGGAGGACUCGAAGGUUCUUAAGGGUGUUAUGAUAAACAAAGAUGUUGUUGUCCCUGGAAAAAUGAGAAGAAAAAUUGUUAAUCCACGUAUUAUUCUACUUGAUAGUCCUAUUGAGUAUAAAAAAGGAGAGAAUCAGACAAAUGCCGAGCUGGUGAAGGAAGAAGAUUGGAGUGUCCUCCUUAAAAUGGAAGAAGAAUACAUUGAAAAUCUUUGCGUGCAAAUACUGAAGUUUAAACCUGACCUGGUUAUAACUGAGAAAGGGCUUAGUGAUCUGGCUUGCCAUUACUUUAGCAAAGCUGGUGUCAGUGCUAUCAGGAGAUUGAGGAAAACUGAUAAUAAUAGAAUUGCUAAAGCAUGUGGAGCUGUUAUUGUGAACAGAGCAGAUGAACUUCAAGAAUCAGAUGUGGGUACUGGAGCUGGUCUUUUUGAAGUUAAGAAAAUUGGAGAUGAAUUCUUUGCAUAUAUUGUUGAGUGCAAAGAUCCCAAAGCAUGCACUGUUCUUUUGCGGGGUGCUAGUAAGGAUCUUCUGAAUGAAGUGGAGCGUAACUUGCAGGAUGCGAUGUCUGUGGCUAGGAAUAUCAUAAAGAACCCCAAACUUGUUCCAGGAGGUGGUGCAACAGAAUUAACUGUAUCUGCUACGUUGAAGCAGAAGAGUUCAUCUGUUGAAGGCAUUGAGAAAUGGCCAUAUGAAGCUGCUGCAGUAGCAUUUGAAGCUAUUCCUCGUACGUUGGCACAGAACUGUGGUGUCAAUGUCAUUAGAACUAUGACUGCUCUACAAGGGAAGCAUGCUAAUGGUGAAAAUGCUUGGGUCGGAAUUGAUGGGAACACCGGUGCAAUUGCAGACAUGAAAGAGUCUAAGAUCUGGGAUGCUUUUAAUGUAAAGGCUCAGACCUUCAAGACAGCCAUAGAAGCUGCUUGUAUGCUUCUCAGGAUUGAUGAUAUUGUGAGUGGAAUUAAGAAAAAGCAAGCCCCAGGAUCUGGAGGCCCAUCGAAACCUACAAUUGAGCAAGAGGGUGAUGCUGACAACGAGCAAAUGAUUCCUGAAUGAAGUCCCUCUGCUUAUCGAUUAAUACAGGGAACGUGAAGUUGUGUUAGUAGUAGCUGAACAAUGGUGGUUUCUCGAGACUUGUCGCAAGUUCGGUAUCUUGUUAGUUUCUUGUUAAGUUACCGCAAUUUUUGGUCAGAUUUAAUGUGGUUCUGUUUUGGCCUUUCAAUCUUUGGUGGAGUUUAGAUGUUCAUAUCAUCUGUCUUUCAGAAAUGUAAUUCCUUUGCACCUUUCUGAUUCGGGGAUAUAUUAGCACAUGGAUGGGAUUAAUUUGAAACGUUAAAGAUGUAUUGUGAAACUCUCUCUUAAGAUGUAGUCAGUAGUUUGCUUGCAGUCA